AUGACCGUCAACGUGCCGAGGCCGAUCGGAGAAGGUGUUGCCGGCGAUGACGAUGGGCUGAUCGGAGGAUCAGACGAGGUAGAGGUCUCUUCUAAUAAGAGCAAGGAGAAGGAGAAGGAGAAGGAGAAGGAGAACUACCAAGAUGAAUAUGUUAAGGGUCGUCCUCAAGUUCCGAAAGGGAGGUUAGGUUGGCCUUUGAUAGGAGAAACCCUCGACUUCAUUGCUUGUGGCUACACCUCUCGACCUGUCAGCUUCAUGGAAAAUCGUACAUCUCAGUAUGGGAAGGUUUUCAAGACACACAUUCUGGGAACCCCUAUCAUAGUGUCUACAGAUGCUGAAGUGAACAAGGUGGUGUUGCAAAACCAUGGCAACACAUUCAUUCCUGCUUAUCCAAAAUCAAUCAAAGAACUUCUGGGAAAAAACUCGAUUCUCCAAAUCAACGGAAGCCUCCACAAACGAGUUCAUGGACUCAUCGGCGGCUUCCUGAAAUCCCCGCAGUUCAAAGCCAGAAUCACCAGAGACAUUGAGAACUCUGUCAAGCUCAACUUGGCUGGCUGGACAGAUCACAUGCAUCACCCCAUUUACAUCCAAGACGAAACCCAAAAGAUCACAUUUGAAGUUCUGGUUAGAGUAUUAAUGAGCAUUGGUCCUGGUGAAGAGUUGAAUGUUCUCAAGAGAGAAUUUGAAGAGUUCAUCAAAGGCUUGAUCUGCUUACCUAUCAAGCUCCCUGGAACUAGGCUCUACAAAUCUCUCAAGGCUAGGGAGAGAUUGUUGAAGAUGGUAGGGAAAAUAGUAGAGGAGAAGAGAAAGGCGAUGGAAAAGAGUAGUACCAUACCAGUCUGUGUCGACGCAAUGGACGCUCUGUUACGGGAUAGCUGCGACUCGGACGACGCACAACGGCUGCCGUUGGAUUACGUCACCGGGAACAUAAUAGAGAUGAUGAUUCCGGGAGAGGAGACGGUGCCGAUGGCCAUGACCCUCGCCGUCAAGUUCCUCAGUGACAGCCCCCUCGCUCUGGACAAGUUAAGGGAGGAGAACAUGGAAUUGAAGAAGCAGAAGAAUGAUUCCUCGGAGAACUAUUCAUGGACUGAUUACAUGUCCUUGCCAUUUACUCAAAAUGUGAUAAGCGAGACUCUUAGAAUGGCAAAUAUUAUCAAUGCUAUUUGGAGAAAAGCUCUCCGAGAUGUUGAAAUCAAAGGGUAUUUGAUUCCAAAAGGAUGGUGUGUUUUGGCGUCUUUCAGUUCUGUCCACAUGGAUGAAGAGAACUAUGAACACCCAUAUCAGUUUGAUCCAUGGAGAUGGGAGAAGGGAGAAGCUGCCUUAAACUAUAGUACUAGUUUUACACCAUUUGGUGGUGGACAGAGACUGUGUCCUGGUUUGGAACUAUCUCGUCUCGAAUUAUCAAUCUUCCUUCAUCAUCUUGUCACCAGUUAUAAAUGGGUAGCUGAGAAAGAUGACAUUGUCCACUUUCCGACGGUCAAAAUGAAGAGGAAGCUGCCUAUUUCAAUCACAUCCACAAGCACUUAAUCUGCUCUAACUCAUCCAGGAAGUUCAGUACAGAAUAUCUCAAGCUAAGAUCAAUCAUGGUGAUAUCAUUGUAGCCAUAGACAGCCUAAUAGAGGUGGAUUGGGGAUGGGCUCUAUUCUAUUAUAGGGUUAGUUCUGGUGUCACCAUCUUUGUCAAUUGCAGGUGGCCAGGUGCUUUUGGGGCCUUGGUUCUAAAAAAUUGAGUGCAAGUGGGUGAUGAAUGAAUCUAACUCUUAAUAUGGUUAUAUCUAAGUCCCCAUCCUAUGAAUUCUGGUGUUUGAUCUGAUAACUUCUGUACUCCCAAAUUUGGCUCUAUUCUGCAUAGGGGCUCCAGUGCCAUCCCUCAAUAAUAUUGAGC